AUGUGUGUGAUACCGGACUGUUCCGAGGCUGGCAUUGUCUGUUCUCUGCGUCACGUCCAGGAACUAGACUAUGGUAGCCGUGGUGGGCUAGGGGCACUUUUUGUGAUCCCUCUAGCUGCGAAAGGAAACAUACCUGCCCUAAUAGCAGCGACUCUGUCCCUCAUUUCCCUAUCGACUGGCCCAUUCGUUCAACAAGCUGUCCGGACAGUGGAAUGUUCAAGUCCAACUGCAGGCACUGCUUCGAUCCCCUAUGCUCAUUUUGUUCCACGUACGGGUAGCUAUAUAACUGAGUACAACAACCCCGCCGUUUCAUAUCCGGACGCAGACACUGCCAUUAUGAUAUACUCCAGUCAAGCAACCCCUAGAUCACCCGAAAACCAGUUACGAGUCACUUGCUCAACGGGAAACUGCACAUUCCCGUAUGGCGAUCCAACGGAAUCUACAGACUCUGAGCUUGCCUCUCAUUCGACCGUUGCGCUGUGCCAUCACUGCACAGACGCGACGCCACUACUAAGGACCGAAGGGGCAAAUACAGGCAGGGCGACAAUGUCUCUGCCGAACGGCCAUACGAUUACAGCUUUGUUCAACAACAUCAAUUGUAUGACAAACUCGAAUUUGACAUGGGAAGCCGACCUCCUGACCCCUGCAAUAUCGCGCCUCUCCCAAUCCGCCCUUCUCAACGUUACCGUCGCUGCUUACAAUCACGGACCCAAAGAUGCCACGGCAGUUACUUGCGUGCUCUACACAUGUCUACGUACCUACAGCAGUUCCAUCGUCGAGAACCGGUUUGCGGGCCAGGAACUUUCUUCCACGCCAGCUUCAGAGGAUCUACUUAGUUUUGCGGAACCCGAAAAUUGGGAUUAUUUGGAUGUAACGGCACCACGUCAUCUGACUGCGGUCAAGUCGCCUUGUCGAGUAGACGGAGUGGUCUACUCGACUCGGAAUUUCUCUCUGGCCUCCAACACUACCACCCUGUCCUUUUGCGAGGCACCGGCAGAUGGAGAAGGUCCUUGCCAAGGUCACUGUGACGAUUACCGCGGGUUUAGCUGUGCCGGAAAUGCUUCCACCGUCAAAUGGCUCACUACGCUACAAAAUGGAGGAAAUACAUCGAUAACAACUUCUACGGUAAACUUUCAGAACGUCGACACAUAUUUCGACUCUUUCGCUGUCUCCAUUUCGAAUCGCUUCCGGAUGACAUUCGGAAGCAGCACGUAUCGUGUCACGCCAAAUGGCCAGGUCGCAGAUGGGCUGCCUUUUGGCGAGGUACACGGAACAGCUUGGCAGACCUCGGGAUGCACAUAUGCACAAUUUAGAUGGCUCGUACUGCCAACGGCACUUGCAGCCAGCACUGCGGCGCUUUUGGCGUGGAUGAUAGCGCGCAGUUGGACAAGGCGAUAUAUACAACCGGUCUGGAAAGAAGACCUGCUUCCGCUGAUACUUUACAAGGAAAGACUCCUUUCGGAGGACAGAACCACGAGUAAAAUCAGUGGAGAUCUUGAAGACGCAAGGAAUUCUGACAUUUCUGAGAAACCGCUCAUGGAGAUCAACCAGAUGAGUAGGCUUGCGAGCCAGAUACCGGUGAGGUUCCAGUGGACGAAUGUUGGAAAUGAAGAGCCGCAGGACCUGGGCGUGAGGAGAAGAAGAGUAAGAGAUACAUAG